AUGACGGAGGCGCGGAAGAUCGUCAUCGCCAAGAGGUUCGAGGGAGAGCCGAAAGUAACCGACUUCAGGGUCGAGACGGAACGAUUGCCAGCUCUGCAGGAUGGACAGAUGUUGUGUGAGACGAGGUACAUCAGCGUGGACCCCUACCAACGGCUCUCACGCAUCGUGGAGAGCCGCGCACCAGGGUACGCGGCAGGACAAUAUGUGGUCGGCUUCUGGGGCUGGCGCGACCGCACGGUGGUUACCUUGGCAGAUACCGGCAGCGACAUCCUGCCGCCGAUGCUGGUGCCGGACUACGGGGACCUACCCAUGUCGCUAUCGCUGGGGGUGUUUGGCAUGCCAGGAGCCACCGCCUACUUCGGACUGCUCGACAUCUGCGACCCUAAGCCUGGAGAGACCCUGGUCGUCAGUGGCGCAGCAGGCGCUGUAGGGUCCAUAGUCGGGCAGAUAGCGCGCAUCAAGGGCUGCAAGGUCAUCGGCAUCGCUGGCUCCGACGCAAAGGUGAAUUGGCUGAAGGAGGAGCUGGGUUUCGACGAGGCGAUCAACUACAAGACGUCGGACGUGGAGAAGGCGGUAGCGGCGGCAGCGCCCUCCGGCGUCGACGCCUACUUCGACAACGUGGGCGGCGCCCUGAGUCAAGCAGUGCUGAGCAACAUGCGGCCCCGAGGCCGGGUCUGCCUCUGCGGCAGCAUCUCGACGUACAACCAGGAGAGCGUCCCCACGGCGUCCGUAGCCGAGACGCAGGUGCAGGACCGCCAGCUCAGGAUGGAAUGGAUCAAGAUGAGCUCCCGGUGGGGACGCCGGGACGUCGCCUUCGCGGAGAUGGCACAGUGGAUCAGGGAAGGCAAGCUCAAGUACAGGGAGACGGUGACCGACGGGUUCGAGAAGACGCCGCAGGCCUUCGUCGGUCUGAUGAAGGGGGAGAACUUUGGCAAGGCGGUCGUUAAAGUGUGA